AUGGCUAAUGUUUUAGAUGUUUCAACGGAGGACAACCUCCAGUACCAGUUCUUCCCUGUAUCCAGUGGAUCUGUCCAGUUCAAGGUCAGGACGCCUAAUGAUGCGCACGUCGCACUCACAAUGGGUCCCCAAGAAUCCGACCCCAUGUAUGAGGUAUUCAUCGGCGGUUGGGGAAACACAAAGAGCGUCAUCAGAAGAAAUAGAACAAAACCCGACAAGGUUGAAAUUGAAACGCCCGGCAUCGUGAACGGAGGUGAAUUCCGUGGUUUCUGGGUGCGUUGGGACGGUGGCAUCAUCUCCGCGGGACGAGAAGGCGAAGCUAUCCCCUUCAUCUCUUGGUCAGACCCGGAACCCUUCCCUGUGGCUUUUGUCGGUGUAUCCACCGGCUGGGGUGCCACUGGCACGUGGAAAAUUGAAGAUGGAGCCGAGUUCGACACUCCAGACAACUUACAGUACAAAUUCGGUCCAGUAGCGGCCGGCUCCCUUGAAUUCGAUUUUCGUGGUCCCCACAACUGCCAUGUUUGUCUCACAUCUGCACCGGCCGAAGUCGAUCCCAUCUACGAAAUUAUCCUUGGCGGAUGGGAGAACAGCCAAUCCGUUAUCAGAUAUUGCAGACAGAAACCUGAAAAGGUGACUGUACCGACGCCGGGUCUAAUGAAUGCGAACGACUUUAGAAAGUAUAUCGUUGAAUGGCGAUGUGGAAGGAUUUCUGUUCGGGACGGAAAGACCGGUCAAGUUGUGAUGGACUGGGUGGAUCCCUCGCCGUUCCCUAUCACGCACUUCGGCGUACGCACGGGUUGGGGCGCCCGCGGCAAUUGGCGAAUUGUUCAUUUCAACAAAGACGGCAUCCAGCAACCCCUACCACCUUCGGCUCCAUCUGCGGCAGCUUUAUAUGCUCCUCCCCCUGGCUACCCAGGUGGAGCACCACCAGCAGCCGGUGGCGCAGUUUGGGUUGACGCUUGUUCUGGCCAAGUACCCCCUGGCGCAGUAGUCGGAGGACAGGACUGUAGCGGGGAACCGCUGUACGUGGCCCGAGCACAACACGAAGGUGCAAUGCUGCCUGGAAAACUUGCUGCUUCACACCAGUGCGCUUACGUGCCAUGGGGAGGUGUGGAAAAUGGAAAGCAGCAGUACCAGGUUCUCGUUGGAGGAUCCAAUAACUGGGUGCCAACAAGCGGUUCAAACAUCCCACCUGGAGCGUUCCCAGGUGGCGAAUCAGAAGACGGCGAGCCCCUUUACGUCGGCAGGGUCCGUCACGAAGGCAGCAUCACGACCGGCAAGGUGCAGCAAACGCACGGCGUUUGCUACAUCCCCUUUGCGGGACAAGAACUCGGUUUCCCCGAGUACGAAAUUCUUAUGGCUUAA